AUGAGCGAGCCCACUCAGAACCAGUCCAACAACACCAGCAGUCCCCGCCGCAGGAGCUCCGGCGUCAUGCCCGCCUUUGACAGCCUCCAGCAGCAGAAGCGAGGAGGCACUGAUGCUACCCGUCGCCAGAGUCUGUCCGACCAACAAGCCAAGGGCGGCAUUUUCCACACACUUUUCCACAACAACCUUGGCCGCAACGCCAAGUAA